GUCUGACGUCACACACGGAACACACGUCCUGUAUCCCAGAAACUCUCGGAAUCAUGAGAAAAGAAUUUUUGGUUCUGCUGUGGCAUUGACACGAUGAGCAGUGAUGAAGAAACCAAAGCUGGUCGGGGUUCUGGUGCUGGUGGGCUGCCUGGUCACCUACUUGAUGGUUGUGAAGCAUCAUUACACCACGCUGAAGCCCGACACACACAGGCUGCCUCCGUACAGACCGCCCGCUCUCAUGAACCACAGCUUCCGUUACGGCAUCAUGUUUGAUGCUGGGAGUACUGGGACCAGAGUCCACAUCUUCAAGUUCCAGAUGGGACAUGACGAAGCUCCUAAACUGGUCCAGGAGACAUUCAGAGCCAUCAAACCAGGACUAUCUGCGUACGCUGAUGAUCCUGAUCAGUGUAAAUCGGGGAUUGUGGAGCUCUUGGAGGUAGCCAAAGGCAGCGUCCCCCAGUCCGUGUGGAGCAGCACGCCGGUGGUUCUGAAGGCCACAGCCGGCCUCCGCCUGCUGCCCGGAGAGAAGGCCCAACACCUGAUGGACCAGGUGCGGAGUUUGUUCCUGGUGUCUCCAUUCCUGUCGAGAGAGGACAGUGUGUCCAUCAUGGACGGGACUGAUGAAGGGAUUUCUGCCUGGAUCACUGUGAACUUCCUGACUGGAGGUCUUCACAGUGCUAACUCAAACACAGUUGGGGUGUUGGAUUUGGGAGGCGGGUCGACCCAGAUCACCUUCAGCCCUCAGGAUGAGAAAACCAUCCAGGUGUCUCCUGUGGACUACAUCAGGUCCUUCCAGAUGUUCAACAGCACGCACACCGUCUACACUCACAGUUAUCUGGGUCUGGGUCUGAUGUCGGCCCGGCUGGCUGUCCUCGGGGGCGUCCACGUCCCCUCACCAGAGGGCAGCACUGAGCUGAUCAGCCCUUGCCUUGCUCCAGGGUACUCGGGCAGCUGGGAGCACGCUGAUGUCGUCUACACUGUGAAGGGUCAGAAAGAAGGGCAGUCGGCGUACGAGGCGUGCCGCUCCAGAGUGCAGAAGGUUCUCCACGGUGAGGUGCUGAAGGUCCCCGAGGCAGCAGCUGGGGAGUUCUACGCCUUCUCCUUCUACUACGACAGAGCCGUGGACCUCGGCGUUAUCGAUGAGAAGGAAGGAGGAAGCAUUAAAGUGGACGACUACAUCAGUGCAGCUAAAAGAGUGUGUGGACGUUUGUCCGUCACUCCUCCUCAGAGUCCCUUCUUCUGUCUAGACCUGGUCUACAUCUCCGUCCUGCUGCAGGACCUCGGCUUCCCAGGAAACAAACAGUUCAAGUUGGUGAGAACCAUCGACCAGGUGGAGACCAGCUGGGCGUUGGGAGCAACUUUUCAUUACAUUGACUCUCUGAAGAGUUAAAAACAUUGACUGAGUGUUGACACUCCUGGAACAGCUAAAGUCCUAAAACUGGACACAAAGCAGAGAAAAUACUGCCCUCUGCUGGUUAGAAGGAUCAACAUGCCUGGAUAACUGCUGUGGGGUUUUUGUGUCUUUCUUGAUGAAGGUUUCUGUGUUUGUUUUUGA